AUGGCUGGGUCAGUCUUUGGUUACUUUGGUUUCGGCGGCUCACCGGCCACCCAGGCCCCACCAGAGAACCAAGCUGUACGGGCGCUACCCGGUAACUGGUAUACAUCAGAAGAGAUGUACCAGCUUGAGCGACGCGCGAUCUUCACCCGAAGAUGGCUUAUUCUUACCCACGAGUCAAGACUCCCGAACCCCGGCGACUUCCUUCGCUACAAUAUCGUCAACUACGACGUUGUUGUUUCUAAAGACCAAUCUAGCGAGAUUCACGCGUUUCACAACGUAUGCAGGCACCGUGCAUACCCAGUCGUCGAGAAAGACGGAGGCAACGCAAAGAUCUUCUCCUGCAAGUACCACGGCUGGUCAUAUGGCCUGAGCGGAAAGCUCGCAAAAGCGCCGGGUUAUCAAGAGCUCCAGAACUUCGAGAAGGCUAAGAACGGUCUCUUCCCCAUUCAUACCCACACUGACCGUAAUGGCUUCAUCUGGAUCAACAUGGACGCAAAGAAGGAGCCUGAGGUAUCGUGGGAGUCCCAGUUUAAUCACGUUGAUGAACAAGCACGAUUCGAUCAGUUCAACUUCGACGACUACGAGUUUGACCAUACGUGGAAUCUCGAAGGUCUACUUAACUGGAAGAUCUUGGCCGACAACUUCAACGAAUGUUACCACUGCAAGACGGCACAUCCCGAUCUUACGGCGGGUUGGCUCGACCUCGAGAGUCAUGACGUUCACUGCUCAGCUGACUACAUCCAACACUAUAUAGAGUCUCCGGAAGACCACAAAGAGCUUGGCCAGGAGAUCUGCUCUACAUACUGCUUUCCUAACGCAUCAUUCACUAUCACAAAACACUUCUUGUUCAUGCAGAAGUUUAUGCCGAAGUCAGCUGAUGAGACAGUUAUGUACUACGAGGUCUGGCGCAACAAGCACUCUAGCGAAGAGGAUUUCCUGUUUAUUAGCGAUACCUAUAAGCGUGUUAUGGGCGAGGAUAAAGUACUAUGCGAGCGCGCCCAGAAGAACAUCAAAGCAGGCGUCUUCGUUAAUGGCGAGCUAAACCCGUACAAGGAAAAAGGACCUUUAUUUUUCCAGAACAGAUGUCGCGAAAUCGUUUUGGAGCAAAGUAUAAAGGAGAAGAAGGCUGGCCAGCAAAUCUGGCCUGCGAAACAGCAGCUCGAGUCCACGGGUACAUCAGCCAUUAGCAAAGAGAUGGAGGACUUCUGCGAGGGUCUUGCCUGUAGCAAUGAAAACGAGAAGAACGGGUUCGCUUGGUAA